AAAUAUGAACAUAUAUCUAUUUCAUUUUUUGAUGGAAAAAAUUUAAUGUUAGAAAACGAGUACAUCAUAAAUACAUGUAAAUUAACCUGAUAUAACCUGAUAUAAAAUAUGUGAUGGUUAAGUUUUGACCAUAUAAAAGUAAGGUAUCAUUAAAUUACCAUAUUUUGAAGCUGCAAAUAAUUUCAAGAUGAGUACAAUACCUCCUAUCAAACCACCACGUGGUAUCAAACCAACCAAAGAAACAAGUGGUCUGUUAAUAUCUGUAAUUCGUGCUCUAUCAGCAAGUGAAACAAAUGAACAACGUGAAAUUGAAAAAGCUAAACUAGAGAAAGAAUAUAAACGAAGUGACCAACGACUGGAUGAAUUAGUCUCCCUACAUGAUCAAGAUCUUACAGAAGUUAUGCAAAUAUUCAGUGCAUUGUCUGAAAAGGUAACAUCAUCACGAGAGAAGAUUCAUGCAGUUAAAGAGAAUCUGAAUGCCUGUAAACAAUUGUUGAGAUGUAAACGAGAGGAAUUACUUAACUUGUGGCUGGAAGGAAUAGAACACAAACAGGUUUUGCACCUUUUAAAAGAUGUAUCUGCAGACUCAUGUGGACGUAUGAUAUCUUUAACAGAGCCUGAAUCAUUAGCAUCAUCUAAUACAUCGCAUGGCCCUUUGGUAGAUCAAUAAAUAUUCUAAAAAAAAUAUAUCAACAGAUAUUAAUCUGAACAACUAUAAAUUUUAUUUAUAGUAAAGGUAGAAUUAUUAAUGGGGGAAUUAUCGAUGAUUUACGAUUGAUAGUUAUUAUCUAGCUCAACAAUUUUUGGCGCACUCCAAAUGCAAUGCUCACUAUAGUAAAUGUCUUUGCUUAUUUUGUGUGUUUUCAGGAAAAGUUUUUGUAAAUUCUCUUGUGAACCAUUAAUUCAUAGUUUUGCGUAAUGAUAAGGAUAUAAUUCAGUUAACAUAAUUUAGAUCAUAUAUUUUUCUUGUUAUGUAAAUAAACUAAGAUAUGUUUCUAA